AUGACUCUUGAUAGAUGCCUACAUCGCCAUCGUGCGGAUAACUUCCAAACUAUUCCAGAAUGCAUUUAUCGAAUCGAGGAGAUCAUCGGUGAAGCUCUAAUCUUCUACGAAGCCGACGUGCUAGACGCAGCAGCUCUGUGCAGAAUCUUUAAAGAGCACGAAAUCGACUGCGUCAUUCACUUCGUGGGUUUAAAGUGCGUCGGAGAGUCGUGGGAUAUACCACUGCAGUACUACCAGACGAACAUAGGAGGAACAAUGACUCUCCUCGAGGCGAUGAAGCAGCAUGGGGUGCACAACCUCGUGUUCUCCAGCUCCUGCACUGUGUAUGGCGACCCUCAGUACCUGCCCGUGGACGAGGCUCACCCGACGGGGGCCUGCACAAACCCCUACGGCAGAUCAAAGCACAUAAACGAACUCAUUCUGAAAGACUUCUACGCGGCAAACAAGGACUGGAACAUCGUGAUGCUGCGAUACUUCAACCCUGUCGGAGCUCACACGUCGGGAAAGAUAGGCGAAGACCCACAAGGCGUCCCGAACAACCUCAUGCCCUACGUCGCACAAGUGGCAGUAGGAAGAAGAUCUCACCUCAACAUUUUUGGCGACGACUACGACACGCAUGACGGCACAGGUGUGAGAGACUAUAUCCACGUCGUCGACUUAGGGAAGGGUCACGUGGCCGCGAUCAAGGCACUGGAAAAUAGUUGCGGGUGCAAGGUCUACAACCUCGGCACGGGCCACGGAUACUCCGUACUGGACGUGGUCGCUGAGUUUCGGCGGACGUCGGGUAGGGACGUCGCGUACAGGAUCACAGAGCGGAGGGACGGCGACGUCGCCGCCACGUACUCGUGUCCGAGUGCAGCCGCUAGGGAGCUGGGCUGGACAGCCGUACACGGACUCAGCGAUAUGUGCGCGCACAUGUGGAAGUUCCAGUCACUGAAUCCAACGGGCUACAGAUCCCCAUCGGUAGCAAACGGUCACACGCCCGUAACCGACGGAGAGACGGUCACAGACGACGCAGAAGCACUGACGGUUACGGACGCACGACGCAGGGAAUGCACGCGUCGGCAGGCGUCUGCCGCUGCAAGGUUGCCUAGGCAACCGAUCGAGACGACGGGAGAAAGCGUCACGAACGACGACGGCGCGCGAAAGGGGGGCAGGCCGUUACUCACCACCGCACACCGCACGUCCGCCUACGGAGCGAAGUAACGUAUGCGUGGUCGCAUACUUAAAACGUUAGAAUUGAUCUUGAAUAGGAUCAAGUUGUUGCCGACAGUUAGGUGCGUGAUCGUAACCUGUUCAGGACUGCGAUGCUUCUACUACGGAACCUCGCAUCUACCUGCAACCUUACGUGCUCACGAUACCAUCUGUUGGAGGACUGGUUGUGCUGUAUACUGAAUCAUCUCUGUACAUAACAUAGUUUUAUAUUGAUUUCUGUUCACGCAAUGUGCAGGGCGUUUAAUGCUGCACGUGUAAUUAUGGACGUGCGGGACGUAACUUAUCAUGCAAAGUUGAUGAUUAGAGAUACCCAAUCAGAUUGGACCAACUUCUGACAGGGCCAGUUCACAACUACUGAACAUGCAAAGCAACUGCCAAUUAAAUUGGGAAUGUAGUUAAAUAUCAAUUAUUACUUAUUUUAUAUGUUACAUUUGGUGGCAUGCAGUUGCGUGUCUUGCAUUUGUCUUAGUCUUUUGUAUGAAUUUUGUGUAUCGUUGAGUUAUCAGUCAAUUAUCGAGUCAUUUAAGUCGUCAAUCAAUUAAAAUUAUCAAGCCUCAUAAAGCAUUUUAAUAAUGAAUUUGAAAACCAUUUAGAGCAUGCCUUCAAUUUACAACCCACAAACGAACUAAUCGAAUUUGUCCAUGUUCUCACUACUCUACACAAUAGUAUUAAGCAAAAUACUUUAAUAAAGAAACAUUUUCACACGUAUUUUAAAUUUA